CCGUUGUCCCGGACGGCCACUAGAGGGCAGCAGCGCAGUCGACGAGCCUACGCGCUGCAGCCGCAGCAGAAGAAGAAGCGCUGGUUCCUGUUUGUGUUGCGAAAUGUGAAAGUGAAGUUUGUCAGGAGGAGCCCCGCUCGCAGGAACGCACCAGAGGGUAGCGGGGAUGUAAACUCCGGCCCCUCUGCUGUGUCCUCAAGGAAAUGGACGAAAUAAGACCUUUGUUGGGCAACCAGCCACUGGAGGGCCCAGACCCUCUGCCACUAAACCUGAGGCCCAGGCACCAGGAACUGAUUCCGACACCAUGUGGACCUAUAAAAUCCUGGUCAGAGCUUUCGCGUCUGCUGAAGCUCUAUUUCUGCUUAGCCAUAGCGUCUCUGCUGGUUUUGCUGGGCCUCACCCUGACCAGCAUUUACAAGCAGCGCAUGGGCACAGGGGUGACUGAUGAGGACAACUUCACCGUAUCGCUGAUCCAGAUGGUGGGAAUACUGUUCUGUGUGUACUACAUAAUUCGGGGUGUGCUGCAGGAGAACAGACAGGAGCUGGUGGCCUUCGUGCUCAGUGUGCUAGUUCUCAUGAUUCGAUCGGUUGUCAACUUCUCUGUGCUGGGAACGGAGGGCAAGCAGAAGCUGCUGGCUCGAUUCGUGUGCAUCAUGUGUUUGGGUGUGUUGCACAUCUGCUGCACCUUCCUGCUCAUGCAGAGGCCAAACAUGAUGGCGUUCCGCGUCGGGGGGGCCCUGCAGAGUCUCCAAGGGCAGUACUUCUUGCUUAACCUGUGCUUCUCCAUGGUGACCUUUGACCUGCAGGCUCAGCUGAGUCUCUGUAUCCUAAUCACAACCUCGGACUCGGCCAUGUCGGAUCUGAACCGGAUCAUCCUGGGUGUUGGUGUGUUCUGGGCCUGCCUGACUGCCGCUGUAGGCACCGUUGCAGUUCUGAAAGAGGCCAAGGUGUUGGUUUGGAUCUUCAUGGUGCAGAACCUUCCUCAAGUAGCCUUCUUUGUUUAUGUGGUGUAUAUGACGGCAGAGAAAUGGUCUCAAGACAAUAUAUACACCCAGGAGGCAGCGGCCGUCACCGGAGCCGUGAUUUCUCUUUUAAUUAAAGUGGUUCUGUUCUGGGGCCUGAUCAAACUGGUGCAGAGCUUCGGCCAAGGCCUGAGGGAGAGAAUGCUUGAACCCAGCAAGUGAUAAAACCACCAGCGGUAAAAGACCAAGGACAAAACAGCUGCACACCAAGACGCUUUCUCUCUCUGCUGUUGAACUCAGAGCUUCGAUUCAUUCCUGUCAUACCACUGAAAGAACCAGCCAGCUUGGUUUUUAACAUAUGCUGCUCUUGGAGAUUUGAUUUGAACUACUUUGUUUUGUCUGUAUCUACAGGACAGAAAAGCCAAGUCCCCUGAAAAUGCAUUCGCAGAUUUUCGUAUGAAUUCGAAUGACAUGCCUUAGUAGCUUCAUGUUUAAUUGUCUUUUUCCACUGGCUCUGUGUUGGUAGCAAACAUUUCAGUUAGUGGCAACGUCCUGCACUGUAACAGCAUAAGACAUACACUAACAUCAGUCUAAGCUCAUCUGUGGAGUAUAGAUGAUGCAACACUCCAAUGUUUUUUAGUAAAAGUUUUUAAAAGUGUUUUAUCAAACUUCAAGUGUUUUUCAUGCAAAGUUCCUAAUAAAAGGUUCAAAUGAAA